UUUAAAUUUUAGGAGAAAUUCCUAAUAGUGCCGCCUGCAAUCGAUAACUCAGCUGAUUGUCGUAAUCGGUAAAAUCGCUUCAAAAGAAAAAAAGAAAUCUCUUGCGGUCAUUGCCAGUCAAGUUGAUAAACGUCAAAAAGUCUUUGUGGUGACGUAUGUGUACAUAACAGUCCAGAACAGCGAUUUUCCUUUUUGCGUGUUCCUACCGAGAGUAGUUUUCACUUUUCCUUGUCUCGCUUGUCGCGCACACAGUUGCGCGCAGCAUUGGAGUGACGUGGUGAUCUUGUCCCGUGAGCUGUGAGCGAAAGAGUAAAGUGUGGCUCUCGCGACUUUCUACGUUUUCUUUCCUAUUGGACGAUUGGACAUAUUACGAAGAUGAGCCGAAAAACAGGCACCGCUACUGCCAGAUUAAAACAAGACUACCUAAGGCUCAAGAAGGAUCCGGUUCCCUAUGUCCAGGCUGAGCCUGUUCCUUCCAAUAUACUUGAAUGGCACUAUGUUAUUAAAGGACCAGAAAACACUCCAUAUGAAGGUGGAUUUUAUCAUGGCAAACUUAUCUUUCCUGGGGAAUUCCCUUUCCAGCCUCCUAGUAUUUACAUGACAACACCAAAUGGUAGAUUUAAAGUCAACACAAAACUCUGUCUUUCGAUAUCUGAUUUUCAUCCCGAUACUUGGAAUCCUGCUUGGAGUGUAUCCACUAUUCUCAUCGGCUUACUUAGUUUUAUGAUUGAAUCAAGUUCAGCACUAGGAGCAAUCAACACACCUGACUGGGAGAAAAAGCUUUUUGCUGCUCAGAGCCUAGAAUAUAAUUUACGAGACAAACUGUUCUGUGAAUUAUUUCCUGAUACUGUUCAAACUAUCAAAAAGGAGUUGGAGCAUCGGAAAGAAUUGGAAAAGCAGGCAAGGCAUCGUUCAACGACGGCGGAAGGUUCGACGACGGUACCAGACCAUCAGCUCUGGGACCAAACGCCUCUACAUAGUGCAUUGACAAACCUCGUCGUAAUCAUUGGCCUGGCGGUAUUCGCUCUCGCUGUAAAGUAUGUUCUUCGAAGUAUCGCUACGCAAGAGUACAUCCAGCAGUAGACUCUCUUGCAUGUGUACGUGUGCGUGUGUUUAUUUGUCUAAUAAUAAUGAGCGCUGUGCGCUUCAUUCAAAAUGCAACAAAUACCAUCGAGAAUGUGAAUACGGUUUUUCACUUCUGAGUGCGUACGACACGAACAACUAUUACAAUUAAACUUUUGAUAUGAUACUUGAGAGAGCGCAGCACAGGGUACGAAUUGAAUACUUGAACCAAAUUCGAGCCUUUCUGAUUUUACUCUGUUUACGAGUAAUACGAAUCGAUUUAUCUUCCCUUACACGCUUUCAACGUUCGUAUCGUAUAUGUUUCGAAUUCUCAACGUUUGUACAUUCGGAAAUAAAACAACAAAAUAAACUCUUUAGUGCUUCUUCUGUCAUUUGCGCUCUUCUGUAUAUUCAAAACUUCAAUUAAAAGGCUUCUGUAGCGCACAUACCUUCAUACGUUCAGUUAAUACUUUAUUUCUUCGAGUUCACCAAUCGUGCCAAUAAGAAAAUAAAAAUUAAUUGAGGUUUAUGGACAGUUGAUAUUGUAUUCCUACAGCACUGGAUUUUGUAAAUAAAAAUAGUGUUACGUGUGCGUGCUCCGCUUAGUAUAAUACUUUUUCUUAUAUGCUUUUUAUGGCAUUGCGUUUUAUAUUAUACACAAAAAACUUAAGAAUACCAUGUAUAAAAAACGAAUAGAUAUCUUCUGUUUCCAUUUACUGGUUAAUAAUAUAUUUUUAAAACUUCUUCCGAACGAUUCAGUAAUUUUCAUGUUUAAGCAUAAAUAAGUUUAUUGCAUUAUACAUAAUUUAAUAAUUAACUCAACUUUAAUAAUUUCUUACACUUUUUACUGAUAUACUAUCUUGAAUUCAAUUUUAAUUAUUUUAAAAUUUAUUAUAACCGAGCUAUCAUUAACGAACUUAUAAAUAUAUCAACCAAAACAAGUUUAAUCAACAUUAUUUGAUAAAAAUUGCAGGACAAUGAAUGAACAAAUUCUUUCCUGCAUUAAACCUAUCAUUAAAACAAAUUAUCAUGCAUCAUCGAAUGGUUCAGUAAUGAAAAUGAUAAUCCUGUCAUAUUUUAGUUCUACAAAAAAAUGUAAAUAGAUAAUAUAUUAUAAGUAAUGGCUGUAAACUUGCAAAUAU